AGCAUAAGUCUACACCUUAUGCUACCAUGGACAGUGAUAAUCAGUAUAGAUCCACGCCACAAAUCCUUAAAAUUUCAAAUUUAGUUAUUAAUGUCCAGAUUUAUAUACCAAACUUACUCAUAAUUCCCCACCAACUUGGGAUUUGAGGUGUUACAGAACUGAUGAAUACUGCCAGCGAAGAACAAACAUGUGGUAAGGCCGUAAGAUACUGCCAGGAUACUGCAGGAAAUGAUGAGCGUCUGGAGAGCCCAGGCAACCAAAAUCUUUCGCUGUUCUAUGAGUGUACUUCGGUCCAGGCGUAUACACCAGAGAACCUGUUCUGGUGCGUCGUAGAUGGGACUUCUCGUAGAGCCGCCCACCGUGUGGUGGGUCCACUUCCGAGCGUUCCUCUUUACCAAAUUAUUCACUGGAAACGGAAGCUUAAAGUGAAACUAAUCAUAGGAUUGGCAAUAGCUGUAGCUACCAUUAUAGCAAUCGGUUUUAUAGUGCUCCUCUUUAGGCUUAAAACAAAAUCAUUGUCAAGUUUGAAGUCUCUAUACUUCCAUCUAACUGGCAGGAACGAUGAAGGAGUUGAGGCAUUCAUUCUUCAGUAUGGUUCUCUUGCUCCCCAGAGAUUUUCCUAUUCAAACAUCAAGAAAAUAACCAACUCAUUUAAAGAUAAAUUGGGUCAAGGAGGAUAUGGCAGCGUAUAUAAAGGAGAAUUACUUGAUGGCCGUAUUGUGGCAGUAAAAGUACUCAGAAAAUCCGUAGGGGAUGGAGGGGAUUUCAUCAAUGAAGUUGCUAGCAUUAGCAGAACCUCCCAUGUCAAUAUAGUUAGCCUAUUGGGGUUCUGUUAUGAGAGGUCAAAAAGAGCUUUGAUUUAUGAAUUCAUGCACAAUGGAUCUCUGGAUAAGUUCAUUUGUAAUAAAGGAUCUCUAGAGAACCAUCAGCUUGCAAUUAAGACCUUGUAUGAGAUAGCACUAGGCAUUGCUCGAGGACUAGAAUACUUGCAUCGAGGUUGUACCACAAGGAUAUUACACUUUGACAUAAAACCUCAAAACAUCCUAUUAGAUGCCAACUUCUGUCCUAAGAUCUCUGAUUUUGGUCUUGCUAAAUUAUGUGAAACAAGAGAUUCUAUUGUUUCAAUGACGGGGGCGAGAGGAACUUGUGGAUAUAUUGCUCCAGAGGUGUUUUGUCGAAACUUUGGAGGAGUUUCUUACAAGUCUGAUGUCUAUAGUUAUGGCAUGAUGGUGCUGGAAAUGAUUGGGGGAAGAGGAAAGAAUGCUAAUGUGGAAGUGUCUCACUCCAGUGAAAUGUCUUUUGCAACAUCACUGUAUAAGCAGCUUGAAAAAUCAGAAAAAUUGAAUCUUGACAGAUUCAUAGCUGAUGAUGAAGAAGAAAUGACUAGGAAGAUGGUAGUAGUGAGCCUUUGGUGCAUUCAAACAAUUCCAUCAAACAGACCAUCAAUGAGUACGGUGCUUGAGUUGUUACAAGGAAGCCUUGAAGCUUUGCCAUUUCCACCAGAACCCUCGUUGUUUUCUCCUGCAGCAAUACCACUCCAAAACUCAAACACCACAUCAUCGGUCAUAAUGCAGAGCGCUCCAAGCACUUUUGAGGCGACUUCACUACAUGAUGAUGAUGACGACGCGUCUUCAAAUACAUAGAAAUGGUGUCUUCUGCUUCACACAACUCAGAUUUUCUUGUAAAAAUUAUUGUUUUAUAAUUUGAUAUAAUCUAAAAAUGACAAAAUUAUUGUUUUUCUUGAACUUUGUUAUUGUGCUAUCAAUAACACAACUCAGAUUUGCUGUUCAUAGCAAUGGUGUCACUCUUUACUUUUUUCUUUUCUUUUUAUAUCCACAUAACACAACUCAGAUUUAUAAAGUUUUACUUUCAUU